AUGGCCCUGAGUCGGGGGGCUAGCCUCAUUCCCCACGAAGACCUAGAGAAGACGCCAAGUCCCAGCUCCUAUGAGGUACCAGGAAUAAUGUCUAGCACCAUGCCUAGGCCCACCCCAGACCUGGUCCUUGAUCCUCUCCCGGCACAUGGCUUGGCUCUCACUCCAGUCCUUCACCCAGCACGGAGUCCUGACCCAGAGGGAGUCGCUGGCCUUAUGUCUACUAACACCUCCAACCCCAAUGCCAGUGGUGCCACAGCUCCAACCUCCGUCCAGAUCAACAGUGGCUCCGUGGACACGGCAGAGCAGAGUUUGAAUCACAUCUCCAGGCCCGACUUAGCAGGGACUAUCGGCCCAGGCUCACAACCAGCUGGAAGCCACAGCGCUACCCAGGCUACUAUUUUAAGUACAGAGAAUCCUUCUAGGCCAUGCUCUGAGGAUGUCCCCAGGUCCCUCUCAAACAAGGUUUUCGAUUUGGGUCAGAGUAACUCUAAUCCAUCCAGGCCUGAGCCAAACUUAUUUGUAAGAGCUCUUUCCAGAGACGCCUUGGUCCGGAUCCAGAGCAUCUCCAGGCAGGGCUCUCAGGUGCCUCUUCUUUUAGCCUCCAACACUUCUUUGGACCCUAUGCGCUCUGGGAACACCUCCAAGGUGAACUUGGAUAUAGCCCCAAACCAGAAAGAGUCCAUCACCUUGACUUCACGUACUAUUUUUGCGUCUGUUUCCAAAGAAGCCUUGAGUGCACCCUGGAACUCAAGCUCCCAGAGCUCCAUCAAUGUGACUUCCAGCAGCCGAACCAGGUCUGGUUUAAAUGUGACUGUCACUCAGGCCUCACGUGUCAGCCUGAUCCCUGGUUCCAGUGGAGGUCUCAGCCUGCACUCGAGCGCCAGAGCACCUACCUCCACUCUCUCUCCAUCUUCCUGCAUGACACUAAUCCUGGGCUCUGAGUCCCUGAGCAUGGAUUCCAGCUUCCUGGUGAGCGACACCUCCACCUUGACCAUGAGCAGCCAGCGGGAUUAUUCUGAGGACAACAGCAUCCGCACCAUGCCCCUGGAGGGGAAUCUGGGGAAGUGGGACAGCCUGCAGGGUGUCACGGCUUUCCGCAGCCCUCCUGAGGGAACCUCUGAAGAUGGGAAGGUCAAUGUGCCAGAGGACAGAGACGAUGGCAACAAAACAGCUCUGGUAGAAAACACCAUUGCUUUCCAGAAGGAUCAGGACCUGAUAGAAACGAAAGGAGAAAAGGAGACAAUGGUGAAGAUGAUGAUGAGACAGAUUCAGGAAGAGCCUGUGGAUUCCCUUUUGAGCCCUGUCCGCCGGCAAGCCAUGGAGAUCCUGGCACAGCUGAGUCACACCAAGCCUGCCCUGAGUAUGCGGGACAGGGUGGAGCUGGUGAACACCUGUGUGCGGAGCGUGUUCUCCCUGCCCUCGGUGCGAGCCAUGCAGGAGAAAGACGAGGCCAAGGCAGAGGUCAUCCAGACACUUUACCACCAGACCUUAGAUUCCUUGCAGAAACUGCUCAAUGCUCUCUUUAUCGAAGACCCUACGCCCGCGGGACUGAAGAGCAUCUUGGAGCCCCUAGGGCCCUGGAUGAACUCUGGGAAGGCCCAUGAGCGAGCACGGGCUGUGAACAGCAACAUCUCUGUGCUGAACCACACACUCGUGACCCUGCCUUUCUCCAUGUCCUCAGGGUUCCCAGCACUGGGUCUGCUGCUGGGGAGGCUCCUUCUUCGUAUCGGGGAUCCUGAUGAAGAGAACGGCCGGGAGGCUCUGGACGGCAUUGCCAUCCUCUACACUAUCCUGGAUCUCCAGAAACGAACCAAGGACAAGGAAGACACCAACAAGAAAGAGCUGUAUGAGAACAACAAGCACUUCCUAGGGCCCUACAACCCUGUCAGCCCAUGCCAGAACAUUCUGCGUGUCAUUGCGGAAUUUGGAGACUUCCUGGGGCCCCAGCAGGUAAAGGACCUGCUGUUAGCAGCCUUGGAAGGCCUGAAGGACAUCUCAGAGGCUCAGGGGAAGGACUCGGGGGAGAUGAUGCAGCUGGCCUCGGAGGUCACACUCAGUUCUGUGCUGGAGUGGUAUCGUCACAGGGCGCUGGAGGUGAUUCCAGAGAUCAUGCAGGGCAUCUAUAUGCAACUGAGCCACAUCCAGGAGCCGCGGGCGCGUGAGGUGGCCCUGCUGCCCAUCUCCUUCCUGGCCAGCUCCUUCAUGACCGAGGUCGUGGUGGCCCUGUUCAUGUGCCCCCUCCCACUGGACAGCAAUGGGGCAGAGAUGUGGAGGCAGCUGAUACUUCGAAAGCCCAGCUGUGAUGUCCGAGACCUGCUGGAUCUGCUCCUGACUAGCCUGAAGGAGAAACCCAUCACCAAGAAGGGCCGGGCCUCCAUUGUGCCCCUGGCGGCAGCCAGUGGCUUGUGUGAGCUCCUGUCCGUCAACAGCUGUGUGAGCCGUGUGAGGCGCAUCUACCCUCAGCUGCUCCUGGCUCUGCUCAUUCAGGUCCAUUAUCACAUUGGUCUCAGCCUGCCCAGCCGCGUGGCUCCUCGGAAGGAUGCAAAGGAUGACACGCAGCCUCCUGUCUUCUUACCUGUAUGCUGGAUGGUGAAGGUGGUGAAAACCCUGCUUCUGAAAAUGGGCUGUUCAUAUGAGUCUACGUUUCUGGAGGAGCAGGGUGGCUGGGAGCUCAUGGGCCAGGAAGAGAAUCACUACCGGGGAGUGUCCUUGUUGGCAAGGGCCAUGGUGCAUUACUCCUGCCAGGAAUUGUGUCGCAUCCUCUACCUGCUCAUCCCGCUCUUGGAAAGAGGUGACGAGAAGCACAAGGUCACGGCCACCGCCUUCUUUGUGGAGCUGUUCCGCAUGGAGCAGGUGCGUCGCAUCCCCGAGGAGUACUCCCUGGGGCGGAUGGUGGAAGGCCUGAGCCACCGCAACCCCAUCAUGAAGGUGCUGUCCAUCCGGGGCCUGGUCAUCCUGGCCCGUAGGUCUGAGAAGACGGCCAAGGUCCAGACCCUGCUGCCCACCAUGGUUAAAUGCCUGAAGAACAUGGAUGGGGUGCUGGUGGUGGAGGCCGUCUGUGACCUCAAGAGCAUCUUCAAGGGGAAGGGCAAGAAGCUAAUGGACAGCUCAGUCUAUGUGGAGAUGCUGCAGCUCUUGCUGCCUCACUUCACUGAUGCAAGAGAAGAGGUGCAGGUCUCCUGCAUCAGCGUGUAUGGAAAAGUGGUUCAGAAGCUCCGGAUACCCCGCACCCAAGCCUUGGAGGAGCAGCUGACCAGCACGCUGCUGCCCUUGCUCCUCAUCAUGCAGGAAGGCAAUGCCAAAGUGGUCCAGAAAUGUGUGAAGACCCUGUUCCGCUGUUCUUGCUUCAUGAAGUGGGAGUUGCCAAAAAGGGCUUACAGCCAGAAGCCCUGGGAAAACCAUCUACAGACGGUAGCAAAAAUUUGCAAGUAUCUUGUGAACUCUCACCGAGACAGUGUCUUCACCUUCCUCAGCCAGAGCCUGGAGUUUGCCAAGAAUUCACGGGCCUCCCUCCGGAAGUCCUCUGUCAUCUUCAUAGGGUCCCUGGUCCCCUGCAUGAAGAACAUUAUGACUGAACAGUGGCUGAAUGAAGUGAAAGCCACUCUGGAGCUCUUGAGACAUGACCCAGAAGCGUCAGUAUGCAUCUAUGCAGCCCAGGCCCAGGACCACAUCAUGGCUAGCUGCUGGCGAAAUUCUUGGCCACUGCCACAUGGAGAUUCAUGGGUGUGUGACCCAUCCAGUUCGCACCGCUGGAACUCCAGCUGUGAGAACCUACCCACGUCCCACCAGCGGCGCUCCUGGAUCAUGCAGGCACUGGCCUCCUGGAAGAUGUCGAUGUCUUUGAAGCAGUGA